UGUACUGGACAAUUCAUUUCGGGACUUAUCACAUCAUUAAGGAUGGGUCCAAAGCAUCUCUUCAUAGCUUUGGUAAGUUUAGCAUAUUCAGUGUAUGGACAAGUGGGAGAAAACAACCAAAUGCCAGGCUUACCAAACGUAAACGACAUCAUGAUAGAAGACGUCCAAAAAAUACAACGACGACAAGAACAGCUUAGACAACAGGAUCAACAAAUAAUUGAUCAACAACAAAGACAACAAAUACAACAAAGACAACAGGAUGAACAACUAAGGCAGCAACAACAAGCACAACAAAUGCAACAAAGACAACAGGAUGAACAAAUAAGACAGCAACAACAAGUUCAACAAAUACAACAGGAACAGCAAAUGGUGCAGCAACAACAAAUACAAAAAUUAACGCAGGAUCAACGAAUAAUGCAGCAACAACAAGCAGAAGCGCAACAACAGAUUAUAGAUCAGCAGAGAGAGCUUCAGGAACAACAAAUUGCUCAGCAACAAAUCGUGGAAGGACAACAGCGAAGAGAUCAACAGCGUCUGAUAGAGCAACAACUGAUUAAUCAACGUAGAGAGCAAAGAGGCUCAAAUGUACUACCAACAGACACACCGAUAACAGCAGGAAACAUACAGGUGGUUUAUAAUGACGAGCUGAGGAACAUGAUGAGGACGUAUGACAUCACAGUGGAGGAGAUCAGGAAGAUGCUGGAGAUGUACGCAAGAGGGGGGAGUGCAACCAUUACCAAGACCCGGAGGAAUCCCGACACAGGGGCUCAGGAGGUAGUCACUUUAGACUUUGAGCAGUUUACAAAUCGACCUGGAGGCACGCAGGUUCCUAUAAUAACCCCUGACGCCGGUCCACUCCCCGGGGGACAACCAGAACCAUUAUUAAAACCAGGAGAUGGUCCUGACGUCACCAGCCCAGCAGAACCGAGGCUGGAGCAGCUAAUGGACGCGGAAUCAUUUCUGAAGCAGAAGAUCAUGGAUCUCGAUGCUCAAUUACUAGCUCUAGACAGUGCUUACAGAAAUGGGCAGCUGACGAGAAUGACCAGAAACGAGAACGCCAUCACAAACAGACAGGAGCGACGAGAGGCAGAGAGAGACCUCAGGACGAUCCAGCAGGAAAUCAGCCGGAUGACACCUCAAGGCCGGAGAGUACUGCCGCCAAGAGAGGUCCCGGGACCUGAUGGACCUAUAGGCCCAAUGGAAGGAAAUUUGCGACCCACAGAUCGGCCGGGGGAUAGGGAUUUUGGCCCUCGACAGCCUGGGAAUGAUAUCAGCCGAAUGCGACCGUUUCAAGAAACUGCAUUCCCAGGCGAUGGACCCUCUAGAAGAAUGGAAAACAAUAUUCGUCGUAUUGAGGAAGAAAACAGACGUUUAUUAAUGCGCCUUCGGGAUCUGCAACGAAGAAGUUUAAUGAAUGAACCUACCCGAAGAGAAUUGGGAAAUUCAAUGCGAAAUGAUUUGGAUUCGGAUCGCUUUGCUACCGGGCGCCCGCCAUACGGAUUGCUUCGAGAAGAACUCUUGAGAAUACGAGCCAGGGAAAUGGACAUUUUAAGACGUUUGAGAUUGUUAUCAUCAAGAUACUCUCAGCUGGUAAACAGAGGUCGAUUACCGAUCUCGAGUAGCAGUCUGACCAGGCGGCCGACGUUAAACAGACGGAUUACUUUUAAUGGCGGAGGACCUUCUUUCAAUGGUCGACGCACGUUAUCUGGAAGUGUUAAUGGCGGUAUGAUACAAGAUCCUCGAAUGCGUGUUAUGUAAACAAACCUUUAUCCACGGACCGGAAUAAGUUCAUGACAUUCUUCAUUUCACCUCAACUCUGUAUACAUGUAUAGCUUAGCAAGCCAUUUGUUGCAAAUAAAAUACCUGCAAUCUA